ACGCUCUACUUGUCCAUACUACGUAGUAAAGUAGUACGCAGGGUUCAUCCUCAGUGUGCGGAGUAGCGAUGGCGCAGGGGAAACACAAAUUUAAAGCGCAGCGACCCGGUGGAGCGAAAAAACAACAAAACAAACCGAAAGGACCAAAGAAAGGAGGUCGGAUCAUCGCCCCGAAAAAAGCAGCAAUAGUCCAACAACAGAAACUAAAACAGGGUCUGGAGGUGGCUAUCAGGAAUAAGAUUGAACAUGAGGUGACUCAGAAAGCCAGCACCUCCUUACACAAGAGGCUGAGUGUACUGAAGACCCCUCAGGGAAAAGGAGGAGCAGCAGGAAACAGCAAAACCGCCACCACCAAAACCACCGCACCUUCCAAAUAACUCACUCGCAUCAGAAACUACUGUAUACGCUGCUUCUGCGUGUUAUUCCGCUUAUGACCACUAGGGGGUGACAGAGCCUACAUCAUGACUAGACUGUAGUUCGAAAAGGAAAAUCCACGAACCGGAGAAGGCAGUCACACAUCUGGAAGUGUAGAAAGCAGCUCUUAGGCAGCGUGUAUCAGAUUUUUACAGCAAGUGUGUUAUUUUUAAUAAUGUGAAGUCUGACACAUGCUAUUCACAAUAUCAUUAACAUGGACCUCUAUUGAUACACUCACUCGGUUAAUAGAAAUAGGUCCUCAGGACUGUGUAUAUUGGGUGUGUUAGUGUCAGAAGCAGGAUAAAAGCUCUUCUGCAGGUCUUUAUGUUGCUUUGUUUUAUACUACAUCCUUAGGAAUGAUAAAUCUUCCUCAGCUUGCACUGUAUAUUUUUUUGUAGGAUCAACUUUAACUCGAAAAUCUUCACUUUUCUGUCAGUUCAUAUGGAUAGAAAAAAACUGGAAUAAAUGCAUUUAAAGAACAGUUUGGCCAAAAACUAAAUUCAAUCUGCCAAGAAAAGUUGUCUAGCUUCAAGUUUUAAAAAAAAAAAAAAAAAAAAAGAUAGACUCAUUUUAACCAUUUACAGUUUGGGUUUAUUUAAAGUCACUUUCCCGUUUAAAAAAACAAAACAAAAAAAAAACAUCAAGCAUGCCGUCAGAUUUCUCCUGUAGGUCUUACAGAUGUCUCUCUCACA